AUGACUUACAAUUUAUCCGAAACUCACAAACAGAUGGUCAUGUCUCAUUUAAGUGAGACUGAUCCUGAAUUGGACCAAAUGAUUAAAGAUGAAAUUGACAGACAAAGACACUCAAUUGAUUUGAUUGCUUCCGAAAAUUUCACAUCUACAUCUGUUUACGAUGCCCUUGGUACUCCAUUAUCUAACAAAUACUCUGAAGGUUAUCCAGGCGCUCGUUACUACGGUGGUAAUGAACAUAUUGAUAGAAUUGAGAGAUUAUGUCAAGAAAGAGCUUUAGCAGCCUUCCACGUCACUUCAGACAAGUGGGGUGUUAAUGUGCAAACUUUAUCAGGUUCUCCAGCCAAUCUACAAGUAUAUCAAGCUGUAAUGAAGCCUCAUGAAAGAUUAAUGGGCCUUUACUUACCAGACGGUGGUCAUCUUUCUCAUGGUUAUGCCACUGAAAACAAGAAAAUUUCUGCAGUUUCCACCUAUUUCGAAUCAUUCCCAUACAGAGUCAAUCCAGAAACUGGUAUAAUUGAUUAUGACACCUUAGAGAAGAAUGCCAUUUUAUAUAGACCAAAAGUCUUGGUUGCUGGUACUUCUGCUUAUUGUCGUUUGAUCGAUUAUAAGAGAAUGAGAGAAAUUGCUGAUAAAUGUGGUGCUUACUUGAUGGUUGAUAUGGCCCACAUUUCAGGUCUUAUUGCUGCAGGCGUCAUCCCAUCUCCUUUUGAAUAUGCUGAUAUUGUCACUACCACUACUCAUAAAUCCUUAAGAGGCCCAAGAGGUGCAAUGAUUUUCUUCAGAAGAGGUGUGAGAUCCAUCAAUCCAAAAACAGGAAAAGAGGUGUUAUAUGACCUUGAAAAUCCAAUCAAUUUCUCUGUCUUCCCAGGUCACCAAGGUGGUCCACACAACCAUACUAUUGCUGCCUUAGCUACUGCUUUGAAACAAGCGGCAACCCCUGAAUUCAAAGAAUAUCAAGUACAAGUUAUGAAAAACGCGAAAGCACUAGAAACUGAGUUCAAGAAAUUAGGUUACAGACUAGUCUCUGAUGGAACUGAUACUCAUAUGGUACUUGUCUCCUUGAGAGAAAGAAAAGUUGAUGGUGCCCGUGUCGAGGCGGUCUGUGACAAAAUUAAUAUCGUCUUAAACAAGAACUCUAUUCCAGGCGACAAAUCUGCUUUAGUUCCAGGCGGUAUCCGUAUUGGUUCACCAGCGAUGACUACUAGAGGUAUGGGCGAGGAUGAUUUCAAGAGAGUUGUUGAUUAUAUUGAUAAGGCCGUUAAGAUUGCCGAAAAAACUCAAGCAUCCUUACCUGAGGAUGCCCAUAGAUUAAAGGACUUCAAAUCUGCCGUCAACCAGGAUAAUGAAGAGCUAACUGCUUUGAAGAAAGAAAUCUACGACUGGGCUGCGAAGUACCCAUUAGCUACUAGAGAGUAA